UCUCUCCCACUCCUCCCUCACUCGUUUCCCAUACUCUUUUUAAUACUUUCCAUUCUCUUUUCUUUUACCCAAAAAAAAAACACUUGAUUUCCCGUUAAUCAUGGCUUCAACUGCACGUGUACUUCACCGGCGAUGAACCAUGGGCUUUUUCCGGCGACUAUUUGGCGCUAAAAAGGCUAGCAAAACACGCUCCGACAAAGAACGAAGGCGUUGGAGCUUUGCUAGAUCUUCCAAUCCCACGUCUUCAACUUCGCAUCCAGAUGCAUGCGGUGACACGUUGGAUGCCAACAAGCACGCCAUAGCAGUCGCAGCCGCCACUGCUGCUGUAGCCGAGGCUGCUCUCGCGGCUGCGCAUGCGGCUGCCGAGGUCGUUAGACUGACAAGUGGCGGCGGCGGCGGCAACCGACGCCUCUCAGAGGAGAGGGCGGCUCUCAGGAUACAAGCCGCUUUUCGAGGUUAUCUGGCACGGAGGGCACUGAGAGCGUUGAAAGCAUUGGUGAAGCUUCAAGCAUUAGUGAGAGGUCACAUCGUGAGAAAGCAAACAGCAGACAUGCUCAGACGCAUGCAAACAUUGGCCAGGCUGCAAGCUCGAGCCUGUGCUAGUCGUGCACAUGUGACAAAGUCUUUAGAUUCUAUCAUCAAGAUGUCCAGACUUACACGAAAUGCUAGAAGUGGUUCAAAUUCAAAUGUGACGAACAUUGUUGAUCUCGAGAAAGCACAGAUGGGUUCACACUGGUUAGACCGUUGGACUGAGGAAAGUUUAUGGAACCACCGUACAGAUGGCCCGCUUAGCUGUAGGCAUGCUGACGAUGAGAAGAGUGACAAAAUUCUUGAAGUAGAUACUUGGAAACCUCACUUGAACCCCCAACAGAGUAGCAAGAAUUUUCGGCGAUCUCGGCAUUUUUCAACUUUGGACUAUAACCAGAGCUUCACGGCGUACGACUCCCCGAGAAAACCAUCUGGAAAAUCCUCAAAUCAGAUGCCAAAUAUCUCUUCGGCAGAUGUUUUCUCAUUGAACUCCAUGAAACAUCAUGGAGGGAAAGGUGAAGCAGCUCUAAGAACAGCUGACAACAGCCCACAAGUGCAUUCUGCAUCCUCUAGACCUGGAAGUAGUGCUAGGAGAAGCCCUUUCACACCAACAAGGAGUGAGUGCUCAUGGGGAUACUUAAGUGGAUAUUCCGGUCACCCAAAUUACAUGGCGAACACCCAAUCAUCCCGGGCUAAGUAUCGGUCCCAGAGUGCCCCAAGACAGAGGCUGGAGUUAGACAAAUAUGGUUCAACUGGAAGAACUUUUCAGGGGUUUCGGGAUGAAGACACUAAUUCUGAAAGAGGUUUUCCUCAUCAUGUUGACUUCAGUUACAAGUCUCAUCCGACAUCCAAUCGCUCGAAUUGUCCCGGUAGUGCCAACAGAAGGGAAUGAUCAUGAUCCCCGCUUCCCUUCCUCUCUUCUAUAUUUUCCCUUCAUCUCUUCUAUAUUUUCCCUUUCCUCGUGUGUGAUAGCAGCGUUGUGUGCUGGAGUUGUAAAUUAGUUUACCCCGAUGUUGAAACUUUGAUCCGGGUCGAUCAAAUUUGAAAUUAUUAAUAUUGUAAGAAAAGUAUGACAAUAAAGUAGUUACAACUGUUGGUAAGUUUCAACUAUCAA